AUGAAUAAACAUGAUUUAUUGCAUAAAGUGCCUGAGGCAUUGCCUCGGAUUCCUGUAAAUUCUGGCAAAUCAACAAUCAAGUCUAUUAUUACAGAGUAUGCAACUAGAAACAAUUUUACUGUGGUUGGUGAUCAAUACAAAAGCACUCAUGGACUUAGUGCUACUGAGCGCAAAAGAAUCAUUAUGAGCUCAAAAACUAGUUGUCCUUAUCAGAUAAGAUUUUCUAGAAAGAAAAAUGACGAAGGAUUCAAUAUUACUGCACUAACUUCUGAAGAAGAUUGCUACCAUAAUCAUCCUUUGGACGAAAAUAAGACGCAUUUUGGUCAAUGGUUGAACAAGCUAUCAGUUAGUGACAUCAACUAUAUUGGCUACGCCAAUGAUAAGAGAAAGCAAAGUAGUUUCAUGGCUUCUGAAAAGGCUACGACUGAGGUCAUUAAAGCAAUGGAAAACAAGGGCUACACUGUCUCAUAUAGAUUCAAUGACUUGAUGACAGAAAGAACAGCAAGAUUUUCUGAAGUCGUGAUCAUUGAUGCAACUUAUGGCACUGACAAUUUAAAAAUGCCUCUCAUUUGUGCUUAUGGAGUAAGUGAUGUUGGUCGCCCAAACCUCGUUACCUUUCCUAUUGCCUUUGCUUUGUUCAGCAAUCAAAACACAGAAACAUAUCUUUGGUUCUUACAAAACCUUAAAGGCCUUUCCAGCACUCUCAGAAAGAACUAUUUUGGUUACCAACAAGUGCAAAGCAUUGAAGGAUGCUCUUGAUGCCUUGUUUCCUCAAUCCAAAAAAAAAAGUCUUGCGUAGUUGGCACAUGCUAAACAACUUAGAUGCCAAAUGUAGUUUAGUAAUUUUCAAUUACGAAGAUGCAAUUGAAACCUCUAAAGCACUGGUCAAG